AUGGGGACUGUACAAGUUGGAGUUCGUGUUCCCCAAGUUGCGGAAAAGGAACACAGAAACGAACAUGCUAUUCUUGUGUCUGGAGAAAAGAAAAGGAUGAAACGCAGGACUGCAAUGCUGGUUGUUACUUUGGACAUCCGUACAACAGUAACUAUGAAUGCAUGUGCCCGCUAUGGAGAAGUGGCUCGUGCUGUCAAUAAAGCUGCACUUGGGGGGAAUAUGACGACUGUCCUGCUUGGAACAGCUGCACAGCUAGUUGUGGAGGUGGAACAAAGUCAAGGACGUUGCAGGACGAACUAUAUCGCGUACUGCCCUAGCAAUCAACACCAAUGCAGAGGAUCCCCAGAUGGUAUCCGAUGUCUGCGGUGUAGCGACCCGUAUUAUAGUGGUGGUUAUAACGGAGGUUGUCUUGUAUGUCCAACAAUCGCCGAGUGUAAACACAGAAGUUGCACUACAGUCUCCAACGUCAACUGCAAGGAAUGUAACGACGACAAUAUAUUCUUCAAGCGAUACAACGGCGACAAGGAAUGUCAGCGGAUGUGUUCCUGGAACAACCAUUACUGUUGGCCCGGGAGCUGCAACAAAGAUGGUCUUACCAAGGACUGCACGUGCGCAGCGGGGUUUAACAGUGUUGUAAAGUCUGGGGAAACGUCUUGUCAACCAACUAAGAAACCAUCCAUCUUAAAAUGUGAUACUGUGGCUUUUGGACCAAAUGGUGAAAAAAAGAGAGCAAUGUCAUCGAGCAGUUUAACUGCGUGCCAGUAUUUACAAGAUAUGUAUGGAAAUUAUCAGCCGACGACAAUGCAGUUUGAUUUUAAUACUGAAUACACAAUUGAAAUUUCCAGCGAUUUGGCUUCUUUAUUUAUUGUCGAACAGAAUUUCGGAAUAACGGACACAACAGUAUAUAUACAACGCCAAUCCGUAUCAGAUUCGCUCACUACUUUAUCAACAAACAGACGACUUACUGAUGUACAUUCGAGCCAGUCUGCUACGAGAACGCAUCAUGAUUCACAUAAUCUUACAAUAACAUACACACUCGCAAAUGGUCAGGCAUUGUGUUUGGAAUACGAAGCUAAAGGUGGUGGCUACUUAAAAGCCAAAGAUAUGAGAACACAAACUGUUCUAAGCGCUAAGCCAUACGACAAAACUGUGAAACAACGAACAGUCUGUUUUCGGUAUGACAACCAACCACCCGAACACUGUUCAAAAAUAUCGACAUGUAGAUCUGAGCCUCUCCAAAUAGAAAAACGGAUAACGCGAUCAAAUUUCCAUCACAUUGAGUUUGGCGGUUGGUCGGAUCCGGUUCUUCAAGGGGGAGCCUCGCGCACCGCUUCAUCCAUUGAGAGCUACGAAAUUCGGGUAAAUGAGGUGUUGCCAUCAAAGGGGACAUUAAAGGUAGAUUACACAACCAACGUUGUAAGUACAAAGGUUAACCACACAAUAACAAACAUGGAUCUAAAUCUUUCUUCAGACACACCAAGGCUCUAUUGUUUGACACUUGAGGUUAAGGAUGUUGCAGACAAUGUUCGACAGUGUCGGCGUUUUGUUCUCUACGAUAACACUUCGCUAGUUCAAAUCUGGAAUGAAAAGCCUUUCAGGUUUACAUCAGCGUCACCUGCUACAGAUUACGCAUGGCAAACCCAUCACAACGAAGUCUGUAUAAACUGGAAAGAUUAUUUUUACAACGAUUUCUACAUACAUAAUGAACUUCUGAAUCCUAUUGAGCCCGACCCGCACGGUUUCAUUAUCGGCUCAUACGAGCAAUCAACUGGAGAAAUACCUGUCUCGGGGACAAAAAAUGUACACGGUAUUAUUGCAUAUGAUGUAUCUUGGAGCCGUAACCAUAGCUCAUUCUCAGGAGAAAUACCUGUUGCCUCCUUCACGAACCAAUCAUUUUGCACGGAUCUGAAUGUCACUGACGGAGAUACAUACACACUGAAAGUAAAGGCUAUUGAUAUUGCCGGAAAUACCCUCAGCGAUAAACGAACAGUGUUUAUUGAUCGCUCAGCGCCACACCUCAACGACAUUUGGCUAAAGAAAGAUGGGUACGAAAUGUUGUAUGUACAUAAUAGUACGGACCUGUCCAAAAUGAAAAUGACGUUUGAUGCAUUCGAUCCACACAGUGGCCUAUCUAAAAUACAUUGGGUGUUUGGAAUAGCCGACACAAUGACAGAACUACUGAGUGAGCACCUUGCUGUUAGGACUAUAAAUGUAAGUAUGUGUGAAUCCUGCUCAUCCGCACAGUGUUACUGUCCAGAUAUAGGUGAAUGUGCAUUCUUCAACUACACAAUACCACUCAACAAACUAAACGCUACGCACAUUGGCAAUCAUAACAGAAAUUAUUACUUUACCAUAAAAGUAACAAACAUGGCUGGGCUUUCAACAAUGGGACAUAUUGACGUGCUUGUAGAUGACUCGCCUCCUUCAGAAGGUGUUGUUUUCGAAGGUCCAGAAGAUAACUAUGAUAUUGACUAUACAAGUGAUGUUUCGAUUCUGGUGCACUGGCAUGGUUUUAUUGACCACGAGAGCGGCAUCAAACUGUUCAGGGUUGGAUUGUCCGACAGGUGUCUGAGUACACAAGAUCUGUACAACUUUACAGAAGUACCAAACAAACAUGCAAAGAGCAAAGCUGUAUAA